UUGAACUGAAAGAGGGACUGUAGACAGCAGUUGCAUAGAGUUGGUCUACUUUGGCGGUUACAUUGUUUGGGUACGGUAAAGCGUGGCCAGUUGGUUGUGUGUGUUUUGCGGUUUGGCCCUGUUUGUCCCAAAUAUUCUGCGGUUCGGCAGAACGGGUUGCAUCACUUCUGAAAGUGUGUGCAGUGGUCAGACUGCCGGCCCUGAACUUCGAGGACCAGCGAUGAGUGUCUACCGCCGCUUUUUUGCGAGUGCGUUGUUUGUGCUGCGAAGUGUGAAAGUUUCCCUGCGCGGAGAAUGGUGAUGAUCAUGGAAUCGGGCGAAACUUCAGAGACGCCCGUAAUCAUGGGCUUCUCGGAGGACCCUCCGAGCGCCGACGAAGCCGUCUUCUCUGAGAACGAGCCGCAGACGGUUAGCGUCAGUGUGACGGACCACCUGCCGAACGUCCUUCUGGCCACGUCGCAAGGCAUCAUCACAUCCGAGCAACUUCAACAGGCGGGCAUCAAAGCGACGCAUAUCGUUAUCCACGAUCAGAGUGCACUAGACGUGUUCAAAACAGCACAGGCAUCACUGGCAGCCCAGUCAUCUAAUGAUGAUGGCUCAGGAACGGCCCAGAAGUACAAGUACAACUGGGAUGAGUCUGUCCAUGAGCCGGAACUUUUAGUGCGUUGCCGCAACGUGUGCGGUCACCUCCACAAGAACAAGUUUGGCUCAGGAGGCAGGGGCCGCUGCAUCAAAUCUGGCAGUCGGUGGUACACGCCAUCUGAGUUUGAGGCCCUGUGUGGGCGGGCGAACAGCAAGGACUGGAAGCGCAGCAUUCGCUAUGCGGGACGCACCCUUUUAUGCCUUAUUGAGGACGGCAUCUUGAUGCCACAUGCCACAUCCUGCACGUGUGCUGCCUGUUGUGAUGACAUGGUCGUGAGUGGGCCAGUUCGUCUUUACACCCCUUAUAAGAGGAAGCGAAAAGAAGAGGCACUUACUGCUGGAAGGUCAUCUGAUGAACCACCAGAAAAGUUGCCAGCUUUGGCUCCAAAGCCUGUACCGUCCAAACCGAAUGAAUGUGGCCCUGCUGUGGAAACAACAGUCAUGACUUCGCGCUUGGCACCCACACCAUCUGACUUCACAGAGCAGCGACAGUGGUGGCAGCUGGAAGAAAUGGUGAAGAAUCUCGCAAAGCAAGUGCAAGAACUUCAAAAGCAAGUGGACAUGGUGAAGGCACAAAGUGUCAUGACGAGGGAAGCAGCGCUUCAGCAACUUAGAGUGCAACUUGAGAAUGAGAAAAAGGAGGCCAUGAGCAACACUUGGGUUGAGGCACAGAUGAGCUUGUCAAGAAGUGUCAUGGAAGUGCGCACUGAAAAGGAAACAACUCAGGCCACUGCCAGCAUCCAAGGUUCUGGAGCCACAGAAGACGACCUUGUAUCAAAGAGGUGUGCCAACUGCAACCGGGAAGCCUUGCUGGAGUGCACCGGGUGCCAUCGGGUCAGCUACUGCGGCUCAUUUUGUCAGCGUAAAGACUGGAACACUCACCAGGAGGGCUGUUCCGAAGAGGCUGACGAGGAAGAACCUGGUGCGACGGAUAAGCGGCACUCACAAGCCGGCUCUGUUUAGUUGUCAUGUGCUGCUGUUUAUGGGCAGAUGUAGCAGUGUCAGUGCCACUUCAUGGCUGUCAAUUUGCACAGUGGCUGAAUUGUGAGUGAGCCAAUGAGCACCAAUUUGUGAUGUCAAGUGGUGAUGUCCAGCCAGUGUUCACCUAUACUGCAAGUAGAGGACAUUGACCACUGUGUGUGGAUGCAACUCUUGCUGUUGAUCACCACACUACUGUGAGAGGAAAUGUUUUUUUCAUCCUGUUGUGAUGGCACCAUUGUUGUCUUAGCUGCAAGUUCAGUACGUACUUUCAUUUAGAAGCAGACAAAUGCUGAAAUCAGAGCAUUGUAGAAGAUCAUUCCUGUCUUUCCGUGAGCGUUACUGGUACCGGCUGCCACGGCUGCACAUGUGGAGAGUUUACUAGGCUCCAGUAAAGUUUAUUGAGAAUACUCCCACUAUAUACUGUAUUUGCAUAACAACAUGGCAGCGUCUGAUGGGAAAUGGGUCUGUGUAUGGACCCAGGUUAUUGGAAGAAUUAGAGAGAGGUCAUUGAACAUGAAGAAACACUCUUCAUGGGGGAGGAUUGUACGGGACACAUAUAAAGGACAGUGAUAAAACAUA